AUGGCGACCACAAAGCCCAUUCUUCCGACGCUCUCAUUCCUACUGUUCAUCUCCAUCACAGUAGCAUCAUGCCAGCUGGCACCAGCUUCAUCAGAUGAUUCAACCGAAGCAAGUUUCGUCCAGUGCCUAAUCUCCAAAUCCAACCCUUCCCACCCAAUCUCCAAAUUCAUCUACACCCCAAACGACGGCGCUUCAUACUCCGCCGUCCUCCAGGCCUACAUCCGCAACCUCCGCUUCAACACCUCCUCCACUCCCAAACCCUUCCUCAUCCUCACCGCCCUCCACGUCUCCCACGUCCAAUCCGCCGUCCUCUGCGCCCGCACCCACGGCCUACAGAUGAAGAUCCGUAGCGGCGGCCACGACUACGAGGGCCUCUCCUACGUCUCCUCCGGCUCCCCUUUCUUCAUCCUCGACAUGUUCAACUUCCGCGCCGUCGACGUCGACAUCGAAACCGACACCGCCUGGAUCCAAACCGGCGCCACCCUCGGCGAAGUUUACUACCGAAUCGCCGAGAAGAGCGGCGUCCACGCCUACCCCGCCGGAAUCUGCCCCACCGUCGGCGUCGGAGGCCACGUCAGCGGCGGCGGGUACGGCAACAUGAUGCGGAAGUUCGGCCUCACCGUCGACCACGUCGCCGACGCCGUCUUGGUCGAUGUGGACGGCAGGCUUUUGGAUCGUAAGUCCAUGGGGGAGGAUCUCUUCUGGGCGAUUAGAGGCGGCGGCGCCGCCAGCUUCGGCGUCGUGAUUGCCUACAAAGUCAACCUCGUCCGAGUUCCCGAACUCGUCACCUCGUUCAGCGUUUUCCGUACUCUGGAACAGAACGCCACGGAUGUGGUUGACAGGUGGCAACACGUGGCCGACAAGCUGGACGAUGACCUUUUCAUCCGAAUCACUCUGACCGUGGUCAACGCGUCUGGGGGUGGGACCGGGAGGACAGUCAGAGCCCGGUUCCUGGGCUUUUUUAUAGGGGAUUCGGCCCGGCUUCUUUCAAUAAUGAAGUCGGAUUUCCCUGAGUUGGGCCUGGCCCAAUCCGACUGCGUGGAAACCAGCUGGAUUAAAUCCGUCUUGUUCUGGUCGGACCUAGCGAUUUCCACCCCGACCGAAAUUCUGCUCAACCGGACCCCAUCCCUGACCCGGUUAAAAAGAAAAUCGGACUACGUCAAGAAGCCGAUUCCAAGAGACGGACUGGAGAAUCUGUGGAAGAAGAUGAUCGAGCUCCAGCUCCCCGGGAUGGUCUUCAACCCGUACGGCGGGAGGAUGGCCGAGAUCGCGGCCGAUGCGACGCCGUUUCCCCACCGGGCUGGGAACCUGUGGAAGAUCCAGUACCUGGCGAAUUGGAACGAGGGAGGGGACGAGGUGGCGAGGCGGAACGUGGAGCUGACGAGGCGGCUGUACGAGUUCAUGACGCCGUUUGUUUCCAAGGAUCCGAGGGAGGCUUUCCUGAACUAUAGGGAUAUAGACCUGGGCGUGAACCAUAACGGGAAAGGGAGCUACGAGGAAGCGAGGAGGAGCUACGGGGUGAGGUACUUCAAGCAGAACUUUAACAGGCUUGUGAGGAUAAAGACGAAGGUGGAUCCUGGGAAUUUCUUUAGGAAUGAGCAGAGCAUCCCUGUUUCCCCCCAUUGA